UUUGAAAUAAAUCACACUUCAGAUAGCAUGCGACCCAAGUAUUUCUCACCUAUAGAAGUUGCAGCUCACAGCACUCUUAAGGAUUUAUGGGUGUCAUACCUUGGGAAGGUAUACGAUCUCACUCCUUUAGCCGAAUCUCAUCAAGGAGAUGUCCUGCUAAAACCAAUUGUCUUGGCUGGAGGAACUGACAUUUCACAUUGGUUCAAUAAGAAAACAAGAGAGAUCAAGACAUACGUAGACCCGGUGACUAGCUGCGAACAAUACUAUUGUCCCAAAGGCAGAUUCAUCCACGUACCUCCUCCCUACCCCACAGACGACUGGGCCAAUGACUUCGGCAGGCCCUGGUGGAAGGACGACAAGUACUGCGUAGGGGUGUUGUCCCAGAAGACCAGGCGAAUCAAGGUCAUCAAUACGCUGACCUCGCAGGAUGUCAUUAUUGAGGUUUGUUCUGAGGAAACGAUGUUGGAGAUCUUGCGUCGGUAUCUACGUGAAAACUGUCACGCUGGAUCCUACACAUGGAAAUAUGCCGGACGAAACCUGGAAAUGGAUAAAACACUGGAGGAAAACGGGGUGAAGGACGACGAUGAAGACUUCUACAUCUGCCGAAUGGACGAAGACCAGUUUGUUCAAGCCAUACAUCUCUACUUCAACGAUGACCUCACAGAGAGUUGAAUAAAGUCUGAAAAAAAAUCUCGAUGAAAAAAAAAACAUUCGAAGUCUCUUUCUAAUCCAAAUCUAUAAUCAUAUCAAUUGUCAGUUGCUCUAAAAUACUAAUUUUUUGAAUAAGAACUUUUUGUUUUGCGCGUUAUUUAGAUGUACAUCUCCUUAGAAAUAUAAUUGUUUAGUCAAAA